GUUUUCUUUGUUUUGUUAGCACACUUACAGUCAAAGUUUUUGGUGUGUCUGCGCCGUAGUGUCAAAGUGGACUUUAUGGCAGCUUGUUGAACAAUGCAUUUACAGUGAUCUCAUUUUACAGUCGCUGGAUGUUAGUUAAUGAGUCUAAAGUCUGAUUAAGGAAGAUGAAGCUGAUCAUCCUCAAUGACUACGACCAGGCGAGCGAGUGGGCUGCAAAGUACAUCAGAAACAAGAUUUUGCUGUUCAGACCUGGCCCGGACAGAUACUUCACCCUGGGGCUUCCCACGGGAAGCACCCCCUUGGGUUGUUACAAGAAACUGAUUGAGUAUUACAAGAAUGGACAAAUCUCAUUCCAGUAUGUAAAAACGUUCAACAUGGAUGAAUAUGUAGGACUUCCCAGAGAUCACCCUGAAAGCUACCACUCCUUCAUGUGGAAUAACUUCUUCAAGCACAUAGACAUAAAAGCGGAGAACACCCACAUCCUGGAUGGCAACGCUGCUGACCUGCAGGCAGAGUGUGAGGCCUUUGAGAAGAAGAUAACAGCUGCAGGGGGGAUCGAGCUCUUUGUUGGAGGUAUUGGACCAGAUGGCCACAUUGCCUUCAAUGAGCCUGGCUCAAGCCUAGUUUCCAGGACUAGGGUGAAGACCCUGGCAAAGGACACUAUAAUGGCUAACGCCAGGUUCUUUGAUGGGGAUCUCUCAAAGGUGCCCACCAUGGCACUGACUGUGGGAGUUGGCACUGUCAUGGAUGCAAAAGAGGUCAUGAUUCUCAUCACUGGAGCACACAAGGCGUUUGCAUUAUACAAAGCUAUAGAGGAAGGUGUGAAUCACAUGUGGACAGUGUCUGCGUUCCAGCAGCACCCUCAGACUGUUUUUGUAUGUGACGAAGACGCCACCCUGGAGCUACGGGUCAAAACUGUGAAGUACUUCAAAGGGAUGAUGCAUGUGCACAACAAGCUGGUGGAGCCACCCUCCUCGUUGCCAAAGAAGAACUGAAGGUGUCCAAACUUUGUAGAUUCAUGACAUAUUUCUUAAAACUAAACACUCCAAUGAUUCCUUUAUCCUCUGGUGGAGAUACAUCGGUGAACAUCAAGCAGUGCUUGGUGUUAACCUCAGCUAAUCCUGGAAAAAAGAAUGAGGUGGUGGUAUUGUUCAGGCUAUUCAGGGUUUCAUAUGAUUGCUCAUACAGCUUUGCCUCUCAAGUUGUCUUUUUAAUAAAGUGCAUUUAAUUUUUAA